UCGGGAGGAUUUCUCGAACAGUCGAAGGGGAUAUAAAAGCUGCAAGGGGAACCUGUCAGCAGUCCACAUCUUAACUUAAGUUCACACGGGAGUCUUCGAUACAGGACCAAGAUGUCUGAAUCGCACGACCAACCAAUGGAGGAGGAGGUUGAGACGUUUGCAUUCCAGGCUGAGAUUGCUCAGUUGAUGUCCUUGAUCAUCAACACUUUCUACUCCAACAAAGAGAUCUUCCUUAGGGAGCUUAUCUCCAACUCCUCUGAUGCCCUGGACAAAAUCCGCUAUGAGAGUCUCACUGACCCCACUAAACUUGAUAGUGGCAAGGACCUAAAAAUCGAAGUAAUUCCCAACAAAGAGGGACGCACACUUACCUUGAUUGACACUGGUAUCGGCAUGACCAAGGCUGACCUGAUCAACAACCUGGGCACAAUCGCCAAGUCUGGUACCAAGGCUUUCAUGGAGGCUCUGCAAGCUGGAGCCGACAUCUCCAUGAUCGGUCAAUUUGGUGUGGGUUUCUACUCAUCAUACCUAGUGGCUGAGAGGGUGACAGUCAUUACCAAGCACAACGAUGACGAGCAAUACAUCUGGGAAUCCUCUGCUGGAGGCUCAUUCACAAUCAAAGUGGACAACUCUGAGCCCAUUGGGCGUGGCACUAGGGUGAUCCUACACUUGAAAGAAGACCAGAUCGAAUACAUAGAUGAGAAACGAGUCAAGGAGAUUGUGAAAAAACACUCGCAGUUCAUUGGCUAUCCGAUCACACUCUUUGUGGAGAAAGAGCGUGACAAGGAGGUGAGUGACGACGAGGCAGAGGAGGAAGAGGAAAAGGAAAAAGACAAGGAUGAAGAAGAGGACAAGGACGAGGACAAACCUGAGAUUGAGGACGUCGGGUCUGAUGAGGAGCACGACCACGACAAGUGUUCAGACAAGAAGAAGAAGAAGAAGAAGAUCAAGGAGAAGUACAUUGACCAGGAGGAGCUGAACAAGACCAAACCCCUGUGGACGCGUAACCCUGACGACAUCACUAAUGAGGAGUAUGGAGAGUUCUACAAGAGUCUCACCAACGACUGGGAGGACCACCUUGCUGUCAAACACUUUUCCGUAGAGGGUCAGCUGGAAUUCCGCGCUCUGCUCUUUGUUCCUCGCCGCGCUCCCUUCGACCUCUUUGAGAACAAGAAGAAGAAGAACAACAUCAAGCUGUACGUGCGCAGGGUCUUCAUCAUGGACAACUGCGAGGAGCUCAUCCCUGAGUACCUCAAUUUCAUCAGGGGUGUGGUGGACUCUGAGGAUCUUCCCCUGAACAUUUCCAGAGAGAUGCUGCAGCAGAGCAAGAUCCUGAAAGUGAUCCGCAAAAACCUGGUGAAGAAGUGCAUGGAACUCUUCACUGAACUUGCAGAGGACAAGGAAAACUACAAAAAGUACUACGAUCAGUUCUCCAAGAACAUCAAGCUUGGCAUCCAUGAGGAUUCUCAGAACAAAAAGAGGCUGUCUGAGCUGCUGCGAUACUACACAUCAGCUUCUGGAGAUGAGCUGGUGUCCCUGAAGGACUAUGUCACACGUAUGAAGGAAAACCAGAAACACAUCUACUACAUUACUGGUGAGACCAAAGACCAGGUGGCCAACUCUGCCUUUGUGGAGCGCCUCCGCAAAGCCGGCCUCGAAGUUAUUUACAUGAUCGAGCCCAUCGAUGAGUACUGUGUCCAGCAGCUGAAGGAGUUUGAUGGCAAGAACCUGGUUUCAGUGACCAAGGAAGGCCUGGAGCUGCCAGAAGAUGACGAGGAGAAGAAGAAGCAGGAGGAGAAGAACGCUCAGUAUGAGAGUUUGUGCAAGAUAAUGAAGGAUAUCUUGGAGAAGAAAGUGGAGAAGGUCACGGUGUCCAACCGCCUGGUGUCUUCCCCCUGCUGCAUCGUCACAAGCACCUACGGCUGGACAGCUAACAUGGAGAGGAUCAUGAAGGCCCAGGCUCUCAGGGACAACUCCACCAUGGGCUACAUGGCUGCUAAAAAACACCUAGAGAUCAACCCUGACCACCCCAUCGUGGAAACCCUGAGGCAGAAGGCAGAGGUUGAUAAGAAUGACAAGUCUGUGAAGGAUCUGGUAAUCCUGCUCUUUGAAACUGCACUGCUCUCUUCUGGAUUCACCUUGGAGGAUCCCCAGACCCACUCCAAUCGCAUCUACAGAAUGAUCAAGCUCGGUCUCGGUAUUGAUGAAGAUGAUAUGACACCAGAUGAAGUCACCUCUGCGCCCACUGAGGACAUGCCCCGUCUUGAAGGGGACGAUGAUGACACAUCCAGGAUGGAGGAGGUGGACUAGGCCUGUUUCUGUGGCCUCUUGGCUCUCAGAAGUAGUGUUAUGUGAAAUGUAAAGUUUAAUGUUGUAAAUGAGCCUGGGAUUGCUCUCCCCUCAACACCUUUUUCACACAGUUCUCCCCUUGAUAUGACCAGAUUCAGAUCCAUUCCUCAUAGGACUUUAUUUUUUAAGUUGUCACGUUUUGUAACUUGAGUUUUCAAUGCAUUUUUUUUUUAAUUUAUUGACAUUCCAAUUUACUUUUUGUGUUCUUACUUUGAUUGUAAAUAUACCAAAAAUGUUACGGUUAAUUGAAAGGGGUUGGACCCACAAAUAAAGGUUCGAUAUCUUGA